GAAUCCCAACGAUAUUUUUCCCCAUUUUCAGAGAAAAAGAAGAAGAAAAAGAGAAAGAGAAAGAGAGAAUGUGGCCAUUGAGCAAGAAGGGGAAAUCAGGGUUCUCAUCAUCAUCAACAGCAGAGCAAGUCACUGAGGGAGUUGAUGGUACUGGUCUCACUGCCAUUGUCACAGGAGCUUCGAGUGGUAUUGGCACUGAAACCACGCGUGUUCUUGCAUUGCGCGGUGUCCAUGUGGUUAUGGGAGUGAGGAAUGUUGCUGCCGGGAUCGAUGUCAAGAAGGAAAUUAUCAAGAAAGUACCUACUGCAAAUAUCGAUGUCUUGGAGUUGGACCUCAGCUCAAAGGCAUCAGUUAGAAAAUUCUCAUCAGAAUUUGCUUCUUUGAACCUUCCAUUAAACAUUCUCAUUAAUAAUGCAGGUGUAAUGGCACCUCCUUUUUCACUUUCAAGUGAUGGUAUAGAACUUCAGUUUGCAACAAAUCACUUAGGCCACUUUCUCCUUACACAUCUUUUACUGGAAAACAUGAAGAAGACAUCUCGUCAGAGUAAAAUCGAGGGACGAAUUGUUAAUGUUUCAUCGGAGGCACACAGGUUUACUUAUAAAGAAGGGAUUCGUUUUGAUAAGACAAACGACAAGUCAAGUUACCAUAACUGGCGUGCAUAUGGGCAGUCAAAACUUGCUAAUAUAUUGCAUGCUAAUGAGCUAGCAAAGACAGUUGAAGAGGAUGCGAAAGUUACUGCUAAUUCACUUCAUCCUGGAGUUAUUGUUACCAAUCUUAUGCGACAUCAUGUAAUUCUUGAUGCCAUUUUCAACUCUGUCGGAAGAUUAGUACUAAAAAAUGUUUCACAGGGAGCUGCAACGACAUGUUAUGUAGCACUGAAUCCACAAGUUGAAGGAAUAACCGGAAAAUACUUCAGUGACAGUAAUUUGGCAACACCGACAGCAAAAGCUACUGACACAGAGUUAUCAAAGAAAUUAUGGGAUUUCACCAUGAAUUUGAUCUCAGCUUGAUCAUGAACACCAUCAAAUUUACUGUUUAUGCUCAACAUUUUUCAUUAGAAAUAUUGUUGAAAAUUACUGAUGCUUGUGAAUUUAUAAAAGAUUGAAUUUAUCAAUCUUUUUGUGUUGUUAGUUAAAAAAAAAUUCUAGUUGUGUAAAACUCAAGACCAAAUCGAUUAAAUUAAACUCAUGAUUAAAGUUUU